UUGGAAAAAUGGGGUGUCUAUCUCUUCUCUAGCAAACACCGGCGGCAGACAGCCAAAAACGUUUAUAUUAUUUUCUCUCUCUAGAAUCCCCCAAAGCAAAGCAAAGCAAAGCAAAUCAGUUUUGAAAUUUUGCAGGUGAAGAAACCGAUGACCUUGCAGCAUACAACAUUCUUCUACCUCUAAGAAACUGUGGGUUUGCUUCUUCAAACAACUGGCAAGUUUUCUGACUUACAAACAGGAACAUCAACAUAUGUUUGUUUCUGUUUUAUGCGGCCGCUUGAUCUGUGUGCUUUCAAAGAUCUGAUCUGAAGGGUAGAAGAAUCUGUGUGCCCAAGGGCGUUGAUCAAUUCGGCAACAAACAAACAAACAAACAUAUUCGUUGGUAUUGUAUUCGAUGGAUUGACGAACAAAUUCGAUGGAUGCAAUGUCAAAAACAUUAGCAUCUGUUGGGUUGAUCUGGUUGUUGCUUGUGGUCUGUGUGUUCGGGUCGUCGUCGGAUGCAGUGGGGUGUAACUGUGAGGAUGACGGCUUCUUCGGGUACCGAAACAUUAUGGAGACACAACGAGUGAGUGAUUUGAUGAUCGCAUUCGCUUAUUUUUCCAUUCCCAUCGAAUUACUCUACUUUGUUACCUGCUCAAACGUGCCUUUCAAAUGGGUAUUAUUUGAAUUCAUAGCCUUCAUUGUUCUUUGUGGGAUGACCCAUUUGUUAAACUGGUGGACCUACGAACCGCACCCCUUUCAGCUCAUGCUCGCCCUCACCGUCUUCAAGUUCCUCACCGCCUUGGUCUCGUUCGCGACUGCCAUCACCUUGGUUACUCUCAUACCUUUGCUGUUGAAAGUUAAAGUUAGAGAGUUUAUGUUGAGGAAGAAGACUAGGGAUCUUGGUAGAGAAAUGGGUGUCAUUAAGCAACAGAAGGAAGCCGGGUGGCAUGUUAGUAUGCUCACGCAGGAGAUCCGAAAGUCGCUUGAUCGCCACACGAUUUUGUACACUACCCUCGAUAAGUUAUCCGCGAUUUUGGAUUUGCACAACUGUGCGAUUUGGAUGCCUGACCCUGCGAAAACAGUCAUGAAUCUUACGCAUCGAAAGGCGAGGGGAGAAUCUUGUACGAUGGUCUAUAAUGUCUCCGUCACGAUUCAGGAUCCGGAUGUUCAAGAGAUUAAAAGAAGCGAGACGGUGAAGUUACUGGAUCAGGGAUCACCGUUCGCGAGUUUAAGCAGUGGAGGAAAGUCUGGUGAUGAUCAACCACAUGGAGCUGUGGCUGCGAUACGAAUGCCGAUGCUUAGAGUUUCGGAUUUUAAAGGAGGGACGCCCGAGAUUAUCCAGGCGUGUUACGCGAUUCUUGUGUUGGUUCUUCCGGGUGGAGAACUUCGAUCAUGGACCGAUGCUGAGUUAGAGAUAGUCAAAGUUGUUGCUGACCAGGUAGCCGUGGCCCUCUCGCAUGCUGCGGUUUUGGAAGAGUCUCAGCUCAUGAGAGACAAGUUAGCCGAGCAAAAUCGAGCUUUGCAGCAGGCUAAACAGGACGCGAUGAGGGCGAGCCAAGCGAGGAACCUGUUUCAGACGGUAAUGAGUAAAAGCUUGAGGAAACCGAUGCAUUCGAUCAUGGGUUUGCUUUCGAUUAUGCAAAAUGAUGACAAUCUAAGCAACCAACAGCGUGUUGUUGUCGACACCACGGUGAAAACAAGCAAUGUGCUCUCGAUGUUGAUCGAUGAUGUAAUGGACGACUCUUCAAAAGACCGGUUCCCGUUGGAAAUGAGAGCGUUUCGGCUCCAUUCUUUGAUUAAAGAAACUGCUUAUCUUGCAAAGUGUUUGUGUUCUUCUAAGGGUUACAAAUUCGUAGUCGAAGCAGAUAAAUCGCUACCUGAUAACGUUAUGGGAGACGAGAGACGGGUUUUUCAGGUGAUCUUGCAUAUGAUGGGGAGCCUUUUGAAUGGAGCGAAAAGCGGAGGUGGAGCGGUUUUGACGUUGAGGAUCUCAAUGGAGAGUGGAAGCCAUGGGAGAUGGGCAAUGUGGAAAUCGAAUUCGUCUGACGGUUACGUCAAUGUGAAGUUUGAAAUCGGGAUCAAUGAUCAGUCGGAAGGCUCUGGUGAUAACAAAAGAAUUCACAAUGGUACGGUGGAGCAAAGUUUGAGCUUCGGUGUGUGCAGGAAGCUCGUGGAGUUGAUGCAAGGAAAGAUUUGGGUAGUUCCGUAUCCCACAGGAUUCGAUCAAAGUAUGGCUCUUGUUCUUCGGUUUCAACUCAGAACAUCAACGAUGGUAGGAAUGUUGGAAACCGGAGAAUCCUCGUUAGAGCUGUCCAACACCGUCUUCAGAGGCCUUCAAGUACUGCUAGCUGAAGAGGAUGACGUGAACCGCGCGGUUACACGCAAGCUACUUGAGAAACUCGGGUGCAUUGUGUCAACAGUUGCCACUGGUUCAGACUGCAUCAUGGCUCUAAACCAAUCAUUCCAGAUGGUUAUUUUGGACCUUGAAAUGUCGGAUGUUGACGGGUUUGAAGUGGCGUCAAGAAUCCGAAAGUCUCGUAGUCGAAACUGGCCUUUGAUCGUUGCUCUGACCGCUGUAGGUGAUGAGAAUGCUUGGGAAAAAUGCUUGCAGAUCGGCAUCAAUGGAGUGAUUCAGAAACCACUUCUUUUGAAGGGGAUCUCGGAUGAACUCAGGAGAGUCUUGGUCCAUACCAACAACUUGCAUUGACUUGAGGUCAAAGUCAAAUUGUUGACCUAACAAUUUUAACCAAGGAAGAAUAGUGAGGAUUUUUUCUCUUUUUUUAUUUCUGGAUUUUUUUUUUUUUAAAUUGCAGGUUUACUUAAAAAUAAUAUAAUAUAAAAUAUACACUAGUGAGUUGCUGUAAA